AUGUCUCCCAACGAAAAGAUGAACAAGCCUUUUGUUCAAGUCACGGUCAUCGGAGCUGGUUUUUCGGGUUUGGCAAUGGCUUGUCAACUGAAAAAACAGCUCAAGUGCGAGGACUUGGUAAUAUAUGACCAGAUGCCGCAGCCCGGAGGAACAUGGUGGUCCAAUCAGUAUCCAGGAUGUGGAGUGGAUAUCCCCGCCGUCUUCUAUAGCCUCUCUUUUGCCCCGAAUCCUCAUUUCUCGAAAGUCUUUCCAAAACAGACUGAGAUUCUGGGUUAUUUCAACCAUGUUGCAGCCAAACACGAUGUGGCUCGUCACAUUGUAUGUCACGUUCAGUGGGAAGAGGGUUGCUGGAAUGAAGAAACCAGCACUUGGGUAGUCCGCCUGCGAGAUUUGUCAUCCGGCGUCUGCUUUGAGCAAGAGUGCAAGAUCCUUAUCUCUGCGGUAGGAGGUUUAUCCAUCCCAAAUGUGAUCAAUAUUGAGGGUGCAGAAUCAUUCCAAGGGAAUAUUGUUCAUACAGCGCAGUGGAAUCGCGACAUUUGCCUUCGUGACAAAGAUGUCGUGGUCAUUGGUAAUGGAUCGUCUGCUUCUCAACUUAUCCCAUCAGUUGCCCAUGAGACGAAAUCAAUCACUCAGUUCAUGCGAACCCCACAGCAUUACAUGCCAAGUGAGAACCAGGGGAUUGCUCCAUUGCUGAGAAAGGUCUUCCAGUACAUUCCCUCACUUUUAUGGUUAUUGCGUGCCGCCGUUUUUGCGUACCUCGAAACUUCCGGCCCCCAGUUUAAUAUUACCGGUAAAGGCGAGACUCUCCGCAAAAAGGCAUCGGAAACCAGCAGCCAAUAUAUCAAAGCUAAUUCACCAGGCAAAACGUAUCCGGCUGAUAUGAUUAUCUUGGCGACCGGGUUUGCGACAGCUCAAUUUGAUGUUAAACUCUUUGGACGGAAGGGAAUCUCGCGACAAGAUCACUGGAAUGGAUUUGGAAGCAACUUCGUUCAUUUGGUUAUUCGAGCCAUAAAAGAUGUUAUCGACGGCCGUGCCAAGUCUGUUGAGAUUAGAGACUCUAGUGAGAGGGCUUUCCACGAGAACAUCGUGAAUGCUCUGGAUAAAACAGUUUAUAGUGGUGGAUGUGGAAGUUGGUACAUUGACAAACAAACCGGAAAGAAUUGGUUUAUUUACCCCUGGGACUCCUUCACUAUGUGGUACUCUACACACAUUGAAGGAAUGGAAGAUUGGGCUUACGAGAAGGGCGAUGGCGAAGAUCCUCAGCAGUGGCCGUACGCCUACAUGAUCAGCAUACCCAAAUUUCUUUGGUUCACACGAAAUGCUGUAUCAUGGUGGCUGUUGUACAAUCAAUCGCGCGAACUUGAUGCUAUGGUGAUGGAGGUGAACAAUUCGUUUGGUGAACGAAAAGCGGCCUUCUUCAGGCUCACUGCGGGCAGUGCUGAGGCAAAUAUGAAGGACAGUGCAGGGACCAUCGACACCGUUCCGUGUCAGACUGCCAAUAAGUCGCAAAGUGUGAGAUUUCUUGAUUCGGUUUCCAAAUUCAAGAUGUACAAGGCAGAAUGGGACAAGGAUUUCUUUCUUUCUCCAUUUGAAAAAGUGGAAGGAUAUUUUACAACUACUUGCAGUGAUCCAUGCAAUCCCAUGUCGGGCACCAAGGGGCCACUGCACACCAAUACGACGCUCUAUUCGCCCGAUGGCCGACCUAAGAUUAUCAGUCGGCUGUACUCUUGGGGGGAGCCACUAGACCCACUACGCGCAGACCCGUGGCAGCUGAUGCGAUUCAUCUGCCGGUGGGGCUAUAUCGGUGCUCUUUCAAAGCCACGCAUUAUCUAUGAGGCACUUCGUGUUCGCUUUCGGGGGAACCUCACCUAUCUCCGUAAGCCAGAAGUGAAAAAUCCGAAUAUUCCAAGAGAGGAAACUGAUAUUGAGCGCUUCCUAGAACAAUUCUUCCGUCUUUUCCUCGCUCACGCUGUCGCUCACUAUCCAAAGCCUCUGAAGGUUGUAUACGAGCCAUCGAAGUCCCACUGGCUUUUGCCUGAGACGUUUCAGUCCCCUUCCUCACAGUCCGGUGUUGGAGCAGAAGUGAUCAUUCGUGUUUUAAGCCCAGCUUUCUACACUAAUAUCCUUCAAUAUGAGGAACCAUCUGCAGGCCUUAAUAAAGAGCUUAGCCCAUUCUCGUUAGCAGCAGAUCCACACUCUCAAUAUCUCUGGACUUCCGACCAUGGCCUGCUAGAUGAUAUUUGCUUAUCUAUCAGUGUGUGGCCCGGGGCCACAGUACCCGGGGCCACCUCUACCCCCAUUUCGCGACUUCACCGAAUCACACAGUCUCUGAUACUCUUUCUUCGCAAAAACCAUGCACCCACUUUCAUGGACAAAUUUGUGGAGUUCUAUCUGGAUCCAUCUCAGAAAAGAGCCUACCAGACGGCCACUGUCAGGUAUCUUCUGACGGAGAGAUACACGUUCGGUUCCGGUAGAUUGCUGGGUCUCUAUGAGCAUUCAGCAAUUAUACUUGGCAUGUGGACAGUAAUUUACAUCGGAACCCUCGUUGCUCAAUUUCCGGGGUCUGUGGUGCUAGAGAGGAUACAGAUAGUCACUGGAAUUUGUGCUGUUUUCUUUGGAGGAGCUGUUCGCAUGAGAAACGCUCUGUAG